AUGUUUCAGACCGAGUCCCACCCCGCGGGUGGCAGCCCUCUCCAGUCCAUACGAUCAUCAUGCGAUCGUUGUCGGCUUCAGAAGCUGAAGUGCACCGUCCAGUCGAUGGAGUCGGACGGCCGCAUGGUAUGCGAACGCUGCGUGCGGGCCAAGGUGCCAUGCGCCUUUGGCCGUCGACGGCGUGCAAGCCGGCCCAGCGACACCAAGAAGCAAGGAGACUCGUCGACGAGGCGAUCCACGGCCCCGCGCACCACCAACCCAGAGCCAACAGUCCUCACGCCUCCCCUCUCCACAACCUCAUCCACCAGUGAGCAAACCCUCGGCGGAGCUACACCGUCUCCCACACUCGCAACAAGCUCCGCCCUCGAAGCGCCACUCGAAACCCUAGCCGAGUGCGAGCCCGACACAACAGCGCCCACAUACUCAUACCACCACCACCACCAUGAUUCCUACCAGCUAGGGGAGGGCCCACCAACCCCCUUCCCCAACCCCGCAACCACCGGCGGCGGCAGCGGCAGCAGCAUGAUGGACUGGGACUGGCUCGAGCAAGACUUCCACGCGAACGAGCUGUACUGCCUAGACCCGGAACUGCUCGCGUCCGCGCCGGCCUCCACCUCCACCUCCACGGGUUCCCCCACCGCGCACCACCGCGCCCUCCCCGACGGCGGCAGCGGCAGCAGCACCAUGUCCAUGGGAGGCGGAGCGGACACCCCCUUCAGCACCACUGCCUCGGUCGCCGGCCGCCGGCUGCCCGCGCUGAUUGCCGAGAUGCAGCAGCGCCUGGAGGCGCUCGAGAACGGCGCCUGGCUGCACGACGGCGCGCAGAGCUUUGAUCACUACCCGAUCGGCGCUGUGUUGCGUCUGUCGCAGGAGUUUGGCGCGCUGGCGGGGCAGGUGCUGGGUAUGGCGGCGACGUAUGGGGGUGGUGGUGGUGUGCCGCCGUCGGAUGUGGCCGGGUUGCAGAUGAUGGCGGCGGUGGGGGGUGGUGGUGGUUUGUAUGAGUUGGGUCGGGGUGGGCUGGCCGAGGGGGGCAGUAGCACGGCCACGGUGUUGCUGGUGCUGGGCGGGUACGUGUUCCUGGUGCGGUUGUAUGGCUUGGUGCUGGGGCACUUUCAUGCCCAUCUCAACCGCAUCCCGUCCGGCAGCCUCGGCGGGCACAUGCACUCGACGCCGGCGCCUACCACCAGCCCGACACUUCAGCUGGGUGAGCUCCCGAGUGGGGGCGCCAUGCCUGAUGUGAGCCGGAUCCACGCCGCGCUUGGGAUGUUGCUGGCUGCGCUUCACAGUGUUGAGGAGCAGUUGGGGCAAGGGGGGGAGGUGGCGCGGGAGAUGGUGGUGUCGAUUCUUACGCAGGGCUCCGGGUUGGAGCCGGCGAAGCUACAGGAUGGGUUCGGGGACUUGGGCGAAAAGGUGCGGUCGGUUAAGGAACUGCUGCGGGAGAAAAUGGGUCUUUGA